UGGGACCCAAGUGACCUUUUGUUUUCUCAGUUCAACCGUGAUCGACGAUUUUGUCUGCCCGACGCCCUCCGUCUGAGAAAGACGAAGACCUCCUGAAGUGUCAGCCCGAUUCGCGGACCAACCAGGGCGUGGUGUGUCGGUGGCGUGUAGCGAGAAGAGAAGGCGAUGGCAGAUCAAAACGAGGGUCCACCGAUGAAACGGCAGAAGGCUGCGGAGACUCUAAUAGCUCGAGCGGGUGGGAGGGGACAGGACGAUGCAACGGGUCAGACUAAACAUGGGGAAGGACGUGUGUGUGGUUUGUGUUCAGGAAAGGAGGCUCGUCCGAAGCUCGAACUCUGUGCUGCAGACCUCGUGAGUGUGGAAAAGCUCACGGACAAAGGUGCCCAGCGUGAGUCGACAAAGGUGCCCACCCUCAACCAACAGCAGCCUGCGAAGAAUGUCCCGAAAGACUACGUCGGUUUCAAGGACCUGGAGACGAUGGUGGAUGGCAAAAUCAUGGAGGGAUACCAGUUGAUGGACACACCGCACGAGCGCGUGGGCCCAGCAGUGCUUACAAGAUUCGCGAGAGGCGGCAAGACACGGACACUUCAAGAGAUCGGCAAGAUGCUUCAGGAACGGCAGAUUCCUACUCUCUUCAUCACCUUCAACGAUCUCACUGCGAUCGACAAUGAUGAGCGUCAGAACAUCACCGCACUGCAGUCCGUCUUGAUGCGCAUUGCAUGGGGGGCAGCGACAGAAGCUACUGUUCAAAAGGUGAUAGAAAAUGCGAAAAAAGCCGGCACUUCCCCAACCGCGCGCAACUGGACCGUGAGCAACUUCGACUUCUCCGAAUGGAUCCAAGCCGCUUGUAUACGGUCGGUCAAUCACAGAUUUGAAAGACCGCUGAUAUUGACUCAUCUCUCUCUUCUUGUUUGUCUUUAUGUGGUGUACGUUGAUUGUAGCAAAGACGAGGUCGAGGCGUGGCUUCAGGAUCAGCCACUCAUCCUCCUUAUCGACGAGUUCAAUCAGCUGCUGACGAAGGACCUUUUGGACGAGCUGAAGAUGGCUGACGAAAACACACUAGCGAGGGAGUCAGACCAGGCUGAAGAAGUUGCUGCUUUCAUCUCGAAGUCAUUCCUCAAAGCCGAGCUGUCGUUUUUUGGUGUUUUCCAGCCAUGUCGUGACGGUGGGAGAUGGGCUUGAGGACUAUUGGGGACGAAGCAGAAGCGGCCGACUUGCUAAGAAAUUGCGAAUCCCAGUGAUCAAGCAGCUCGAGGACGCACGUCUUAUCACCUUAUGUGCUGACGGAGG